AUGCCAACGCAGCACGUAAAACCUGGAACUGAGGAGCAUCUACGAGACGUUGCGAAUGCUUUGGUGAAGGCGCGGAAAGUAGUAGUUGUUACUGGUGCUGGUAUCAGUACGAAUUCCGGUAUACCUGUACGGACGCUUCCUCUGCCUUCUUUUGGCCGUGCUUCUGGAUUUUCUCGUCUGUGGUCAGUUGACGCUGACUGCCUAGCACAGGACUUCCGAUCAGAGAAUGGGUUAUACUCGCUUAUCCAGGCACAAUUCGACGCGGCUUCUCGACAGGCGCGCCAAGAGGAACAGACUGGAGAUGUUAAAAAAGACGAAGCCGCAGAAAAUUCACGUCCCGCGAAAAGAAGAAGAACGUCUACAGACUCAACGAACGAGGCUGACUCGACAGCCGCUAAAACUAUAUCAGACGGUUAUCAAGUCGCGCUUCAGCAUGGACCGUCUCUACCUCAGUGUGCAGAUCGUCCGGAAUCGGUCGCAGAAAGUGCUGCCGCUGCUGAGACUACUGCACAAAUUGUGGUUGAAACAAGGCUCAGUACACCGCAAUCCAAAGGAGCAACUCAUUCUUCUCUGGGUCCGAAUACUUCGCCUCUAUCAUCCCCCCCAGCUGAAUCCGCAAUCUCACCAUCCGAGUUUCCAUCCCAUACCCACAGGCGUUUGACAGAUGUCGCUAUUCCCCUAGGCUCGUCACCGCUCUCUUCACCUCCGCCUAUUCUUUUUGACCCGUUCGGGCCAGGGUCGCCGAUGUCAGAGUGGAGCUCCGGGCAACGCAGUAGUACAUCGCUCUCUGAGGUUGAUGAAGCAGACACUACGCCAGACUCAUCCGCUUCAUCUCAGAUUUCCGCCGGGGGCAGAAGCACCCUACCGAACAUGAAGGGCAAGGAUCUUUUUGACGCCAACAUUUGGUCAGACCCGACAAGAACGUCGGUUUUCUACACAUUCGCAACAUCGUUACGGCAAAAGAUUAAGGCCGCCGAACCUACAACUUCUCAUCGGUUCAUCAGCCACUUGCGUGAUCGGGGAAAGCUGGUCAGGUGCUACACCCAAAAUAUCGAUCAAAUAGAGGAAAAAGUUGGACUCUCGACACGAUUGCAAGACGGCCCAGGCAGUCGUGGACGAUUCUCACGACGGUCGACGGCAAACACAGCCCAAUUGAAUAAAAUGGUUGAGGAAGCCAAGUCAGAAUCCUGCGACAAACUGUCAUCCGAGAUCCCAAGCCAGUCAGAUGCUCCUGCUGAGCCAAGCCAACAGUCACAGCCGUCGUCAUCGGACGAGAAGACCGACACCACUCCCGCCGCUGACAGGGAGUCGCCAUCAGUUAAUGAAGCCAGAGUAAUUCCGAAAGUUGCUCAAAAGGUGCUACCUCGCUCCGGAGUUGAAUGCGUCUUUCUGCACGGGUCCUUGGACCUCCUCAGAUGCUUCCUCUGCGGUAAGGUCUGCUCCUGGGAUGAUGGCAACCGUGAAUCCGAAACGCUCUCAGGCCAACAGCCAGAGUGUCCCCAUUGCGUCGGAGCCACGGUGGCGCGGGAGGAGAAGGGCAAGCGCGCCCUGGGCGUUGGCAAACUACGUCCUGAUAUCGUGCUCUAUGGCGAAGAGCAUCCUAACUCACAUCUCAUAAGCCCAAUUAUAACUCAUGAUUUAGGUCUCUAUCCGGACAUGCUGCUGAUUCUAGGCACAAGCCUGAGAGUCCACGGCCUGAAGGUCAUGGUCAGAGAGUUUGCAAAAGCGGUUCACUGCAGAGGCGGCAAAGUUGUCUUUGUCAACUUUACCAAGCCCCCUGAUAGCAUCUGGGGAGACAUUAUCGACUAUUGGGUGCAGUGGGACUGUGAUGCCUGGGUCUCGGAUUUGCAAGUCAGGGUACCAAAACUCUGGCAAGAGCUGGAACCUCCAAAGCCCAGAAAGAAGCGAGAGUCCAGCGGAACAUCCGAGGAUAGAGCAAGGGAAGAGAAAAAGAAGCCGCCGCCCGUGAAUCCGGUGGCUCUACGCGACACCAAGGCAACCGGCGCCUACUGGACGCUCAAAGUUCUUGGUGAGCUGCGCCGUAUAACGGGCAGCGCAGAGCCGGCGGCCGCGCCAGGCCGUCGAGCCUCUCUAUCCACAGGCAUCGCAGCAGCGGGCGAUGCAGCCGAAGCAUUGGCCGAUGCUCCAACAGACAAGGUGCAGAAAGAGAUGAUGGCCAGACGGAAGAAGAAGUCGCGAAUGUCAGCGCCGGCGGCUCUGGAGAAGGGUCGGAGACGGUCAUCUACACUUAACCCCAACCACGGCAGAUCACGCAAGAAGAUGCAGGCCGCGCUGCCAAGCCAAACACCCCAUCACCUCGCUGCCGAACUCGCACUACCUCGGGUGCGCGCUCCUGUCGAGCCAUGCAGUAUCAAUUCUAUUCUGAGUUCAGUCAAGGAAAAUGCCAGAAUCAGGAAGAGAAAGAAGGUGGAUGGCGAGGAGAUCCCCGCGCCCACGGUUGGCAGGAGGCGAGGUGGGAUCUCAGCGCACAUGGUUAAGAAGGACGACUUGAAGCUGCCCCCUUUACAAAGGCUCGCCGCAAGCCGGCCAUGCCCGCUGUACGCGAACAAACCACAGCCGAUGGAGCCGAAGAGCCCGCCGCCCGGGCCUCUGACGUCGCUGUCGCCGAAUUCGCGCAUUGCCAAGACGUUCCGGGGACGCAACGCCUUCUCCCUAGACGACUUUCUUGGAGGGUUGCAUGGUGCACCGCAUGGCCACGUGUUUCGAAACUGUGGCGAAAACAUGCCGUCGACUCGGACGGGAACAGGGGAAGAGGCAAAGGCGGCACUCGCAUUGGCUGGCCUAAGGAUGAGUCCGAUGAUGACUAGAUGGAUGACACCAGAGCAGAUGGGAGUGAGCCUAGACGGCCAGUUGGAGAAUUGGGGCUCUACUUGGAGCUGCAGUCCCUAA